GUCGUGGUCGUAGCAACUGGCGUUCAUCAACUCCACCAGAUGAAUCACCACCCCAAGUUGAACCUCCGAUGAAUUCCUUUUAUCAAGAGAAUCUUCCUGCUCCACCUCUGGACGUCAAAAUGGAUGAUUGCAGCGAGGUUACAAUGUGCGAUAAUGAGAUGCAGUUGCAGGAGGGAGAGCAGCAGCCGGAGAAGAGGAAGCGACCCUGGGAGAAGCGCGUCAAGAUCAAGAGAAAGAAGGUGCCAGGAGCCAAGAAUCUUAAGAUCCGGAAGUACGUGCAGCCCAAGAAUGCAGUAAUGUGCCUCAACGAGCUUCGACCUGGAGUGACAUACACUACUGAGCAGGAGGGAGGAGUUACUCAACCAUUCUGUAUAUCUGUUGAGGUAUCUAAUGGGGUUGAUAGUCAAAAAUACCGAGGUUUUGGGUCGUCCAAACAGCUGGCAAGGCAAGCAGCAGCAGAAGCUGCACUUAUAAGCUUUGUUAAACCUCCAGUCACUUCUAACUCUUCUGAAAGUCAAGAGGAAGAUAAAACACCAUGGGCAACUCUUGCAUCAUUUGCUAUUUAUAAAUUGUUUAAUGAUUGGCGCGAGGGUAGGGUUGGCACGUGCCCUCCACCUGCCCAACCUUUUGGCACUGCAGUUCCCCCUGGGUUUCAAGCAUUCUUAAACCAGUCUAUGGGAACCAAUGCUGCAAAAGAUGGAUCUGCACAGGCUGCAGCAUUUACUGAAGCUAUAUGUGCUCAUCUAGGAGGCCGCACUCCCCAUGCUCCAGUCACUGAUAUCAAGGUGGACACAAAUGUGAGUGCCCAGUCAGCAGAGGCAGUGAAAGUGCCCAACCCAGCCAAGCAGGUUCCUGAAAAUGCUGGUAGCAUGCAUCCUGUUACUGUUCUGCACCAGAUGAAACCUGGCCUCCAGUAUACUGUUAAUCGCACAAUAAUUGAAAACAAACCUUUCUUCACUGUUACAGCGAACAUUGAUGGCAAGAUGUUCACUGGGGAAGGUCCUAAUGUGAAGAAAGCCAAGUUCUUCCUUGCCAAAGAAGCAAUCUUGGGGUUGUAUGGUGUGGAUUCCACUUUUGAACCUCCUCAGCCUGUUGUUGUAGCACAUGAACAGGAUUGAUCAGCAAACAAUAAAAAAUAAUCCUUUGAUUUGAUAGUAAUUAUGGUACAAGUUGAAAAUGAUAUUUUUUUAAAUUAUGUUGACAGUACUCUAAAGUACUACAGCAAAGCAGGGUUGGCACACAAGUGGGUAACCCACUUUUUAACUUGAGAACCCCUACUCUAUUGCACACUCAGGUGUUUUUUAAAAAUGCUAUUUUAUUUUCAAUAUUUUGCUAUUUAUGAAAAGGUAAAUAUAUAGUACAUUAUUUUCAGUUUUUAAAUUAAUUUGUAAUUACUAUUUUAUUUUAUUUAUGUAGGACUUGAAAAUUUUUGUCAAUAACAGUUCAAAUUUAUGUUAAUUGAAGAAGAAUGUGACAUUGUGUGUAUAUCAAAAAGCAAAAUGUGUAGUUGGAAUGUACAUUUCUAAUAUUUGUUAGCCAAUAACAAAUUAGUGUAGUAUUAAAGUUACCUAUUAUCCUGUAGCUAGAAAGUCAUUUCCCAUUCUGUGAUGCUACAUUCUCCGUGUAACUAAACUACACCAGUUCCGAGUUCCCCACAAAACUAGAAAAUUUAACAAUUGUGCUAGGGUCCUGGACAUUCACAAAGGUUUUCUGUACCUCAUAUUGGGCACAUCUAAAGUUGUGAGUAUCAAGUGCCCGUGUAUUUUAACUUUCACUGUCCAGACACCCCUCCCCCUAAAUACAAUUUUCUCAAUGUCCAAAGUUAAAAAAAUCUUACGAUUAAGAGUACAUUUUUCUAGCGGUAAUAAAAAAAAAUUCCCACCAUUUACUCAUUGAGAUAGUUGCAUUAAGUUAAAGGUUGACAACUCGCUGGUGGCAACAUCAGCGAAUCAAACUCUCCACAUUCUAAAUUAUUUUUUUCUGGAGGUUUUCAGAUUUUCUUAUAUUUUACAGUAACUGUUGUGGCCUAUGAGCCCCAUAUAAUGCACAUAUAUUAACCUGUUGUAACAAUACCUAAUGUCAUCAGUACAUUGUUUACACAACAAUGUAAACAUGCACAGGUACAAAAGUUCAUAUUACUGUUCUAGUAUUUACAUAUAUACAGCACUGGACAUGUCCCUAGAACAUGUCUAGUGCUGUCUGUGGAACACGGCUUCAUAAACAGCAGUGUUUCACAUACCUCAUACACACAGCUUCUCUCUCUCUCUGCUGGGUGCCAUGUUUUAUGUGCACAGAUAUAUAACAUCUCUUCUGAGCCCAUUUCCUUUCUAUAGCAUAAAGUGUUGUUAGGAAGUGAUCACCAUGACUCAAAUGAGAGGGUACUUGGUGAUCAGUUUGGGGGCGCAGGUGUUGUGACUUGGUAUUUGUGUAUUAUUUGCCUGAUAAAACAAAAGUGGGCAUACGAUGGUCUGUUUCCAGUCCUCAUCUGGCAUAUAUUGUAUACAUUGAGCAUGCGAGUGCCCGCGAGAUGAACGAAGUUUCAUGUACUACUUUUUAACUCUUGUGAACACAAUCUGCAGAUGCAAUCUGCACGUCUUGUUUGUCCACCAAAUGCAUAUUGGCAGUGUAAUCAGUACCAUCUGCAGGUUUCAGAAUGGGGUUCAUGUCAAAAAUGUUAAAUCACAUAUGGCAUGAAACACCUGCACCUCACCAAUACCCAUGAUGAACUGACCAGAUCCAUUCUCACAUAUAGGCCUACCAGGCCUCUCACACUAAAUUUAAAGCUACCAAAAUUUAUGCGUAGACAUAUAUAAGGGACCCUUGCUUCAAUGACCUAGUUCUACAUGACAGCCACUGAAAGGUUAACUAUCUUCAAAGCCAUAUCUACACAUUGUUUACAACCAUCUCGCUACUAGAAAUGAACUGACUGCAAUGUUUCAACUCUAAGAGUGGCUUAGCGCUUCUUUUUGAUUAUAAUAAUAAUAAUCAACUCUAAGAGUUGCACGAGUUUCAACAAAGCACACCAUGUUCAAACAAGUUACAAUUGUUAUAAAUUUAUAUUUGAUCACUAGCAUGUGCUGACACUUUGGCAAGUGGGCAAAAACCUGUUUGAACACAUCUGCUGUCAGGUAUAGUCGAGCUUGCUUCCCGAGUUUUGUAUGUUACCUAAAAUACUUUAUUUCUUAAAUUAAGCAUAAUUCUCUCAUUCUGUUGAUUGCAUUCCUAUAAAAUGUUUCUCAUCAACCCUUGAGGUUUCUUAAACUUAAGCAGGUGUUAAAAAAAAACAGUAGUAACCUAUUAGGCUGUUUUAUAGUGGUUAAAAAUCCCUUGCCCACUUUUUUUUUUAUCCAAGUGGGCAUUAAUGCCAACCCUGCUGCAAAGCUCCCUUUAUGCAUAAAAAUUUUAGUCAGAAAUUAAAGAUUUUAAAUUUAUACUGUUAUUGACUAUUAUAAUAAAAUGUAACAUAUUGAGCAGAAAUAUUCUAGUAGAUAUUUAUGGUAAAGCUUGACAAAAUAAAUUGGUAUUAAUAAAGAUACGUAACAUGA